CAGUGAAGUAUCCCAGUGCUGCUGAGUACACAUUGAGCAAAGCAAAUGGACAUUGCAUAUGCAUUCCCAUAUCCAGAUUCAGGUUUAAACUGUGGUUUGAAAGUGUCAUUCAACACUCUUGUAAAAAAGUUCAGGCUUCCUAACUUUUUUUCUGGAAUUGUUUUCUGAGAUUGUUACGUUUUUUCUGAUUUUUUGACUUUUGAUUUGUGCUUUUUCUUAAUCUGCAAAAUGGGGAGUGUGAUACUUAAAUUCCACAAGGAGGUGUUGUUAGAAUUAAUAUUUGUACAUUUUGAAGAACGAAGUACUAGAUGAAGUAAUCAUCCCAAUCUUUCUAGCUCUAUUAACAAGAGGCAGAAGAAAUCUGAAUAUUAGUGCAUUCCUACUUAGUACGUAAGGAGCAGGUUUGGCUUUGAAUCAAUACUGGAAGUUGUAUUCAGUACAAAAAGUCUGAAACUUUUGCGAGCUGGCAGUGACAAGUGUCAUGUUACACUAAGAUGGCUGCCUCUGAAUUUCACUGCAAAAACUGCACUGUUUUUCCCUUGGAUUUCGGAUCGUUGGAGGAAUGGUGCUUUUCUCUGUGCUGGAGAGCAAAAUCUCUUCUGUGGUUGUUCUCGAGGAAAGGUCUCCUGACUUAGGAAUUUCUUUGGCCAUAAAGUCCUGUUGGCACAAAGCAGCCUUUAAGAUCAUGAGUUAAAAGUUGUCUUUUGCAAGCAGUUGGCCUUGUCACUUAUGUAAUUCCUGUUUUUUUCUUUUUCUUGCAUAUCUUGAAUGCUCUGGCAUACAAGUGGUAUUAACGUUAUAUUUAGAAAAGCAGUAACUACAUUUUCCAUUAUUUCCCUGCUUGACAUGUGGUUCAGAUUAGCUUCCAAAGGCCAAAAGAAAAGAUCGGUACAAACAUAACUGAGUUGUUUUUAUUUAGUAGCUGCAGCAUGUGGCAAACAGUGCACUGAGGCUUCUGUUGUUUGCAAGCUGGAAUAUGUUUUUUGGAAAUGAGAGAGCUGUAACAAUUUCAAGUUUAAUUUUAAAUUCUUUGGGAAGUAGAUUUUAAAGCUUGAACUGAAAGGUGCUGAUAAAUGUGGUAUAAUUUUUUCCCUGACAGAUUCAAAAUUCUGUAACCUUUGUUUUAUUUAUGUAUCAAGCUAAAUCCUUAAUAAGUGUAAGUAUUGAAGAAGUUGUGGUUGUGGUGAAGUUGUGGUGCUUGCAAAUAAUUCUUCAUUGAAAUAGAUGUUGAUAUGCUUCUAGCAGUAAUGAACUUAUAUAUAGGUAUGGAAAAGUAGCCUUCACAGGGAUCUGGAAAUGCAGAAGUGAGGAAAUAGGAAGGAAGGACAGACUGAGCUGUUUCAAGUGUUGCACUUAGUGUUAGGAAAAGGUGCCUUGCCAGCCUUGUGCCUCCUGCCAGGCUGGGAGCUGCCCUGAGCACUGCUGGAAUCCUGGGGUGGACUUUAGGGAAGCCUUUGAGAGAAUUAACUGGCUUCAGUUUCAGCAAGCCAGGCAGCUUGGUUUCCAAAACACUGUAAGAAUGUCAAUUUUUUGGUUUAUAGACAGUGUAGCCUUCUGAUCCUGUGACCCAAGGAGUGAAGAGAAAUUUUGUUUCAUUGUCAGUUAUACCUGCCUUAGGAUGAGUCUUGAGGUCCAAAGUAUAUUCUGCUGCAAGAUGUUGUGAAACUGAGCUGCCUAAGGAGAGAUCCCAAGUAAUAUUGAUGUUGUGCUUGGUUGUAAUCAGUGUGUUGAGCUGAAAUUCUCUCCUGUUCCCGUGUAUUUGGCUCCCACAAUCCGUACUGGAAGUUGGUGGAAGCAGUUGUUUAUAUUGAUUUCUUGUUAUACAUCAGUGUCUCGCUGUAAUUCUGUUGGAAGCAUUAUGUAUCAGGAUGGUUGCAUUUCUCCAUUUCCUAGCAAUAUUUGUGGCUUUAAGGUUUUACUUCAUGGUUCACUUCACACAGACACGGAGCCUUGUGUGGUUCUUGCACCAGCUGGAGCAGCGGCUUCGGGUCUUUUGGAAUACCCAGUGACAAAUGGACAGUGAGUCCAAGUGCGGUCUGAGGACCUUUUUUGUUCCCUGCCUUUCCUUCUGCUUUCUUGGGGCACGCCCCCAGUGAAAGCUCAAGGAAAUCUUACUGUCUCAAGCUGUAAUGACUCUUUAACCGCUGUGGUCUGCCAGAGAACAGGUCUGCACUCCAGUCAUGCCUGUGGUGAGCACAGUGCUAGUUUGUGUACAAGGAGUACAAGGCUGUGAAGAUCUGAUUUUUGAACGGCUGCAGAGCUCAAAAUCUAAAUAGCAGUUUGUUGUGGAAUGCUGAAAUUUCAAUUGGGAGUUUUACUUUCUGUUUUCUUUCUGUUGGUAAGUUAGUGUUGCAACACUUAUAUUGGAAAGCUGUCUUGAACUAGCUAAAGCAGUGAUAACCAGGAAGACUACAUCAUUGAAUUGCAUUCAUCAAUGGGAUACAAACCCAGUGGUCUCCCUGCGGUGUUUUUGUCUAUAAAACAGGUCCUUGGAGAAUAACAUUCUGGACAGUAACACUUCCAAUACAGUAACAGUUGUAACAACUUUAAAAAGCCUGUCAAGAAUGCUGUUGUGUAGCUUCCAGUAUAUUUAAGGUCGGACCUGACCGCCAGCCUUCCCAUCACACGUAUAACCUAUAAUUCUUUAGAUGCUUGGACUAGGCUGGCUGGUUGUUACAAAGUCAAUAUUUGGUGGCUUUGGUGGCUGAAACAUGAACUCUGUAUCAGAGUUUUUAAUUUUCUGUCUUUCCAGCCGCUGUGUGAUGGAUGGAUGUGACAUGUAAGGGGAAGGGGGGCAAAUUGUGUCACUAAAGCCUGGGGAAAGAUGGCACUGAACUUGUAUGUGGGGCCUUCCUGGGUCACUGCUGUGGCAAAGCUUUUCUACUGAAAAUGUGAAUGUAGCAGAAGUAGCCUCUCUUCCCUUGGUGUGUAUGGAAUUUACCCUUGCUUGUAAGCUGUGGCCUGGCUGCGUCAGAUCACAGUUAAGCACAGAAGUCAGGUUAUAAAUUGAAAUCUUAGUGUCAGCUUCAUUAUAACUCUGGUCCUUAAUUUUAAUUGAUUCUAGUGAUUUAUCAGUCUCUUGUAUGAGGACAAAGGUUGUUGUAGUUUGUGCUGCCUCUCUUUCUGAAAUAGCUUUCCUCCCUACUUAGUUUCAUAUUUUUGUAAUUUCACAGAGAGGUCUUCUGGGGUGGAGAAUGCAGAGUGCUUGUUUGUGAUAAGUUCAGUGAUCGGGUUAUCAAAAGUGUCUGUAAUGCGCAGAUUUCUUUCUUUUGUGCCAUCACGGUUUUGGUACAAGUGAGACUUAAUUGCCCAGAAAUACUCCGGUGUUUUCUUACUGGAAGCUUCCUUUGUGGGGAUAAUUAUAGAAGAGGAUUACAAAGAUUUGCAGCAGCAGUUUUGUUGGUUAAACUCUUUUGCUGUUCUUCAGAAUGUGGCAUAAUAGCAACUGCAGUUGGGAGCAGCUAAGAGUUGUGAGUUUAAACUGGCUCUGGAAACUACACACUUGCUUAAUGGAGCGAGUUUGUACUUCAGAACAAAUUCAGUCAAUUUGUGUAAUUGCUCAACAGAAGGAGAAGCGUCAAGCAGCUCUAUCUCAGUGUUCUUUCACGUGUAAUUCAAAGAUAUGUAAAAGUCUGAUAGUCCGGGUCCAAGGCUGGGAGCCAGGAACUUAUGUCCUAAGCUUUAACCCUGAGUGAUUACUGCUCGUCUUGGACAAGUUGUUUAACUGUUUAGUGCCCAAAUUGUCUCUGAAAGAAGCGUUUGAAUAUCUGCUGUGGUUGCUAAUUACUGACUUUAUUUAUGCUUAAUACUUAGUGCUUAGGCUUUCUGUGAUGCUUUGUUAAUUAUCUGUGAUUUGCUUCAUGUCUCCUCUAAGAACCAAACAUGGCUGUGUCUGUUUUAGAGUGAAAACGAUGAACAGAUAAAAUUCUGUCCCUGGCUUGUGUGUGGUCAAAGAUUGAAACUAAAGUGGACAUUUCCCUGGUUCAGGAAUGCUUUCCCUGUUGGGUUCUAGGUGUGUUAUGUCUGUCAAAUGUAGUUUGAUACUGACUUCUGACAGGUUUCAGAAUUGCAGAGCAGCAAUGGGGACUGAUGUUGCUUCAGCAAUGGUAGUUUGUCUUGAAUGCAUGAAAAGUGUUAUUUCUGAAUAAAGAGAAGUGAAGGCAGGAGUAAGGAUGGCUAUAAAAAGGCUGUUAACCGCAAUCUGCGUUUUUUUGGUUGCUUUGGUUUGGUUGUUUUUGCUUUUGGGUGGUUUUUUUGUUUUGGUUUGGUUUUUUGUUUGUUUGGUGGUUGUUUUUUGUUUGGUUGGUUUGUUUUUUAUGAGGAUUGAUGGAAUUGGAGAGGAGAAAAAACUCUCAAAGAAUAAGAAUGACAGUGAGGUUGCAGUAAUAUUGCUGAGGAAAGAUUAGGAUAUAGUUGUGGGAGGGAAGCUAAUUUGGGCUUUUGAGGGCUGUGGUUAUGUUCUCUAUGCUCAUGAGGUAACAUCAUUUACAAGGAGCAAGGCCUAGUAAUAGGCUUGUUUUUAAGAGGUAGUUUGAAAUAUGCUGUAGAUGGAAAGAAAAAAAAAAGACCCAAGGUUAUAGUCCUGUUCUGUAUUCCUGAGUCUGCUUUUGUGUUUAGCUCUUCAGCUGCUCAGAGGAUGUCUGUAUCUAGAGAGAUAAAUAGGCUACUGUGUUCUAGGAACUGCUGCUCUGGAUGGACUAGAGUGCGCAUUUAAAGUGUGCAGUCCCUGCAAACAAAGAGCAUUGAGCAGACAGAUAAAUAGGCAGUGGCUGUUCAGCUCCCCAGCAGUAAUUCAGUCCUCUUUCUUGCAUGGGUUUGGGAGCUGGGGCACUUCAGCUUGUCAGUCAGGGAUUUUUCUGUCCCUUCUGUGAGGUGUUGCUGUUCUUGGAAUCUCUGUCUUAAAUUAAAAAUUAGUUAUAAAAAAGGCUUUUGUGUUGGAAAUGCACUGCUAGAGUGAUCGAGCCAUCAGACUCCACAGCACACAUGAGUGCAGGCUGGGCUGUUAGCAGCAAUCUAGAUGGAUUACAGCUGUGGAUCAGCUUUGUGAAACUUUUUAGCUUUUCAUUUUAUAGGUGCUACCUAAAUGCUUCUGGUUUGGCUAUUUCUGCUGUAGGAAUGGAGUUCUGUGAUAGCUGCAGCUUCACAGAAUGUAUUUUUGAAGAGCUAAAAUGAAGACCAAAGCUCCCAGUGGAUGUGGAGCUGAAGGAAGAGUUAAAAGCUGGGUGUUCCAAGCUGUACUCUCUGGUUCCCCCCCCUUCUUUCUGUUCUCCCUGACUUGCCUAUUUAGGCCACAGCUGCAUGUUUGGCAGCAUUUCUGCUUAAAGAGGCACUCCUUCCCACUCCCUGGCAUGGGUGUUCACCUAAGAGGACAGUGAACUUGUUGGAGAAGCUGAUCCAGCUGAAAAAUUGCGGAUAUAAUUUCUACAGUAGAAUUUAACCAUUCUGGAGAGUUGUUAGCAACAGGAGACAAGGGAGGGAGAGUUGUCAUCUUUCAACAGGAGCAGGAGAACAAAACGCAGUCUCACAGUAGGGGAGAAUACAAUGUUUACAGUACCUUUCAAAGCCAUGAACCAGAGUUUGACUACUUGAAAAGUUUAGAAAUCGAAGAGAAGAUCAACAAAAUUAGGUGGUUACCCCAGAAAAAUGCUGCUCAGUUUUUAUUGUCUACAAAUGAUAAAACAAUAAAGUUAUGGAAAAUCAGUGAAAGGGACAAAAGACCCGAGGGUUAUAAUUUAAAGGAGGAGGAUGGACGGUAUAGGGAUCCUACUACAGUUACAACACUACGGGUGCCAGUGUUCAGGCCUAUGGACCUCAUGGUGGAAGCCAGCCCACGAAGGAUAUUUGCCAAUGCCCACACGUAUCACAUCAAUUCCAUCUCCAUCAAUAGUGACUAUGAGACGUACCUGUCCGCAGACGACCUGCGGAUCAACCUGUGGCACCUAGAAAUCACAGACAGAAGUUUCAAUAUUGUAGAUAUCAAGCCUGCCAACAUGGAGGAGCUGACAGAGGUGAUCACCGCUGCAGAGUUCCACCCCAACAGCUGCAGCACGUUUGUGUACAGCAGCAGCAAAGGCACAAUUCGCCUGUGUGACAUGAGGGCAUCAGCCCUCUGUGACAGACAUUCAAAGUUGUUUGAAGAACCAGAAGAUCCUAGCAACAGAUCAUUUUUCUCUGAAAUCAUCUCUUCCAUAUCAGAUGUCAAAUUCAGCCACAGUGGUCGAUAUAUGAUGACUAGAGAUUAUCUGUCAGUAAAGAUCUGGGAUUUAAAUAUGGAAAAUAGACCUGUGGAAACAUACCAGGUGCAUGAAUACCUCAGAAGUAAACUCUGCUCACUGUAUGAGAAUGAUUGCAUUUUUGACAAGUUUGAAUGCUGUUGGAAUGGAUCAGACAGCAUUGUCAUGACAGGGUCUUACAACAACUUCUUCAGGAUGUUUGACAGAAACACGAAGCGAGACAUCACCUUGGAGGCGUCCCGGGAGAACAACAAGCCCCGCACGGUGCUGAAGCCGCGGAAGGUGUGCGCCAGUGGCAAGAGGAAGAAGGAUGAGAUCAGUGUCGACAGCUUAGACUUCAACAAGAAGAUCCUGCACACAGCCUGGCACCCUAAGGAGAACAUCAUUGCUGUAGCUACCACAAACAACUUGUAUAUAUUUCAAGACAAGAUGAAUUAGGGUUGGCAUUCCUAACUGAAGAGUCACUUCCUGCAUAGUUGAAAUAGUUGAAUCUAGCAUUUGUACCUGUAACAAAAGCAAGUGAGAGGUCCAUUAUGGCACCCCUUUCCAGUGUUUAAAAAUGUGCCAUAUGACAACACACUUUUAUAGCUCCAUGGAGAAGGCUCUGUGGCUCUGUUGUCUCCGUACCUGCUAGCCAUUUAGGUGAGGAUAGGGCACUUUUUAAUUUAAAUGACUACUUGCACCAUCUUGCCUAAUGGACUAGACUGGACUGUCUCAACAUCGGUUUACUCCACUUUUUAUGCCUUCCAUUGUGAUGACGUCAGACACAGGGAAAGCCUUCAAUCAUGCUAUGGGAUUUAAUUGUGUAACCUCAUUACUGUAUCAUUUGUGGCCCCCUUUUUUUAUUAAAUACAGCUCAUUCUUGCUGUGGCUUGUAGCAUUCCUCCUCCUUCUGGCCUCCUGGACUCCCCCUUCCCCCUUUGUCCCCCCUCCACCUUGCCUCGGUGGUGGUGUAUGAAAAAAAAUAAACAAAAUAAAGCACAUAAAAUGGGUCCGUUUGGGGUCAGUGGUAAAGGGGGUCUGUGUUGCAACAAAUGUUUUAAUAAACAGUUGACUGUAAUCACUCCUUGCCAUGUCUGGCACCAAAAAAAAGAGAAAAUAAGGAAAAAAACAAACUACUGAAUAAAAGUGACAAAGAAUGGAGAAUCUGUUUUCUUUUUUUUUUUUUAAUCUACCUCUUUAUGCAAAUACUCUGUGUUUUACCUUAGAUGCAUGAAAAUAAAAUUAUGUUUUU